ACUGAAAUAUUCAAGAUGGGCAGCAACAGUACCAGCAAUGCUGAGAAUCACUGCAAUGUCACUAAUUUGACAUUUCAAUACUCCCUCUAUGCCACCACCUACAUCCUCAUAUUCAUCCCUGGUCUACUGGCCAACAGUGCAGCCUUGUGGGUUCUGUGCCGCUUCAUCAGCAAGAAAAAUAAAGCCAUCAUUUUCAUGAUCAACCUCUCUGUGGCUGACCUUGCUCAUGUGCUGUCCUUACCCCUCCGGAUUUACUAUUACAUCAGCCACCACUGGCCUUUCCAGAGGGCCCUUUGCCUGCUGUGCUUCUACCUAAAGUAUCUCAACAUGUAUGCCAGCAUUUGUUUCCUGACAUGCAUCAGCCUUCAGAGGUGCUUCUUUCUCCUCAAGCCUUUCAGGGCCAGAGACUGGAAGCGUAGGUAUGAUGUGGGCAUCAGUGCUGCCGUCUGGGUCAUCGUGGGGACUGCCUGUUUGCCAUUUCCCAUCAUGAGAAGCACAGACUUAGCCAACAACACUGAGUCCUGCUUUGCUGAUCUUGGUUACAGGAAAAUGAAUGCAAUGGCUUUGGUUGGGAUGAUUACAGCUGCUGAGCUGGCAGGAUUUGUGAUCCCAGUAGUCAUCAUUGCAUGGUGUACCUGGAAAACCACUAUAUCCUUGCGACAACCACCAGUGGCUUUCCAGGGAAUCAGUGAGAGGCAGAAAGCACUGCGGAUGGUUUACAUGUGUGCUGCAGUCUUCUUCAUCUGUUUCACUCCCUAUCAUAUUAACUUUAUUUUUUACACCAUGGUAAAGGAAACCAUCAUUAGCAGUUGUCCCAUUGUCCAAAGCUCACUGUAUUUCCACCCUUUUUGUCUAUGCCUUGCAAGUCUUUGCUGCCUUUUGGAUCCAAUUCUCUACUACUUCAUGGCCUCAGAGUUUCGUGACCAACUAUCCCGCCAUGGCAGCUCCGUGACUCGUUCCCACCUAAUGAGCAGGGAGAGUGGUUCAUCAAUGAUUGGUUAAAAAUGAAAUAGCUCUUUGAUUAUGGCUUUGUUUAACUAUGUUUCCUGGCUUUUUCCAAAGGUGGAAAUGACCAGCCAGACAAUUUUGUUAAUUGAACUUUGGGAACAACAGAAAUAGUUGUGCUCACAGGGUUGUGAUGGUGCAGGGAGAGUGUGAAAAAUGUGGGAGAGGAAGGGAAGAUGGGAGUUGUAUGUUUCCUCUUUGAAAUUCAAGGCACUUUCUUACU